GUCGAUUCUCGUGGCAUUCGAGUACACUCCUCCACUGAACGUACAGAAUCGACCAAAUUGAUUUUGCCCAUCCCCCUUUCCCUUGCUCUCGUUUGCCGAAGAGACACCCCGAGCGGCCAUCCCCUCGUGCUCACCAUCUACCAAGUGUCCGAGAAAGCGACUUGUCCUCUCGUCCAUCAGCCUCUAAGCAAUCGUGUAAACAACCAAUUUAACCCAUAUCCCAUAUGCGUCUGCUCAAGCCUUUGUUCCAUUAUGCUCUCGACUAAUCCUCACUAACGCUCAUGUAUGACCGGUUUACAGGUAUGCAACUGCUGUGGCCACUUUUUGUCUGCUCAACAGUCUAUUUUGCGCAUCUGCUCAUGCCUCCUUCGUCGGGACAACUCGGACGUCUCAUCAUCCCCUUCUGGUCUGGGGGCCGGCAGCAUGAAGGAGGGCUACGAGGGGGACGAUAAGUGA